AUGAAUUGCCUGGCUCUUUCUUUGGGCUUCGGCUUCUUGUUUCCCACCCCUAAAACAUGGCUCUUUACCUAUUUUGCUUCCAUAUCGUGGGCUGACUCGCAGGGCCUUUUCCCAAGGCUGGAGAACGUGGCAGCUUUCAAGAAGGUUUCGGUGGUGCCAACCCAAGCGACAUGUGGACUCCCAGCCCGAAGCACCUUCUGUCAGAGCUCUGCCGCAGCUGAAGGCCUUUGGGUCUGUCCCCAGCGGUUCUGCAUUCAGGAUUGUCCUUACCGAUCGUCACCCCCCACCUACACUGCCCUCUUCUCAGCAGGCCUCAGGGGCUGCGUCACCGUAGACCGGCGUGAUCUGAGUCCCAAUGCCCACAGCCAUUCUGCAAGUUUCAUUUUUGGAAAUCACCAGAGCUGCUUUGCCUCUCCUCCUGCUGCCAGGCUGGCGGCGUCAUUUACUCUAGCUGUGUGGUUGAAACCCGAGCAAGAAGGUGUAAUGUGUGUUAUAGAAAAGACAGCGGAUGGGCAGACUGUGUUCAAACUUACAAUAUCUGAGAAGGAGACCAUGUUUUAUUACCGCACAGUAAAUGGUUUGCAGCCUCCAAUAAAAGUAAUGACACUGGGGAGAAUUCUUGUGAAGAAAUGGAUUCAUCUUAGUGUGCAGGUAUAUCAGACAAAAAUCAGUUUCUUCGUCAAUGGUUUGGAAGAGGAUAAUACAGCUUUUGAUGCAAGAACUCUAAGUGGUUCAAUUACAGAUUUUGCCUCUGGUACUAUGCAAAUAGGACAGAGCUUAAAUGGUUUAGAGCAAUUUGUUGGAAGAAUGCAAGAUUUUCGAUUAUACCAAGUGGCACUUACAAACAGAGAGAUUCAGGAAGUUUUCUCUGGAGAUCUGCCCAGAUUGCAUAUCCAGUCACAUUGCCGUUGCCCUGGCAGCCACCCUCGGGUUCCUCGUUUGGAACAGCGGUACUGUGUUCCUAAUGAUGCAGAAGACACAACCAAUAAUAGGGUGUUACGGCUGAAUCCUGAAGCCCAUCCUCUUUCUUUUGUCAAUGAUAACAAUAUUGGUACUUCAUGGCUUUCCCAUGUGUUUACAAACAUGACCCAGCUUAAUCAAGGAGUGACUAUUUCAAUAGAUUUGGAAAAUGGACAGUAUCAGGUGUUUUACAUCAUCAUUCAGUUCUCUAGUCCACAACCAACAGCAAUAAGGAUUCAAAGGAAGAAAGACGACAGCCUAGACUGGGAGGAUUGGCAGUAUUUUGCUAGAAAUUGCAGCACUUUUGGAAUGAAAAACAAUGGAGAAUUGGAAAAUUCUGAUUCUGUCAACUGUCUUCAGCUUCCCAAUUUUACUCCAUAUUCCCGUGGUAAUGUCACCUUUAGCAUCCUAACACCUGGACCAAAUCAUCGUCCUGGAUACAAUAAUUUCUAUAAUACCCCAUCUCUUCAAGAGUUUGUAAAGGCCACACAAGUACGACUUCAUUUCCAUGGACAGUACCAUACAACUGAGACGUCUGUCAGCCCCAGACACAGAUACUACGGGGUCAAUGAAAUCACCAUCACUGGAAGGUGUCAGUGCUGUGGUCAUGCUGAUAACUGUGACAUGAAAAGCCAGCCCUAUAGAUGCCUCUGCUCUCGGGAAAGUUUCACUGAAGGACUUCAUUGUGAUCACUGCCUGCCUCUUUAUAAUGACAAGCCUUUUCGCCAAAGUGAUCAAGUUCACACCUUCAAUUGUAAACCCUGUAAAUGCAACAGCCAUUCCAGAAGCUGCCACUACAACAUCUCAGUGGAUCCCUUUCCAUCUGAACACCACAGAGGAGGUGGAGGAGUUUGUGAUGACUGUGAGCAUAACACUACAGGGAAGAACUGUGAUCUGUGUAAGGAUUACUUUUUCCGACAAGUUGGUGCAGAUCCUUCGGCCAUAGAUGUUUGCAAACCCUGUGACUGUGAUAAAGUUGGCACUAGAAACAAUAGCUUCCUGUGCAAUCAGAUCGGAGGCCAGUGUAAUUGUAAGAGACAUGUGUCUGGCAGACAGUGCAAUCAGUGCCAGAACGGAUUCUACAACCUACAAGAAUGGGAUCCUGAUGGCUGCAUUCCGUGCAACUGUAAUGCCUCUGGGACAGUGGAUGGAGAUAUUACCUGUCACCCAAAUUCAGGCCAGUGCAAGUGCAAAGCAAAUGUUAUUGGGCUUAGAUGUGAUCGUUGCGAAUUUGGAUUUAAAUUUCUCCAAAGUGUUAAUGACGAUGGCUGUGAGCCCUGCCAGUGUAACCUCCACGGCUCAGUGAACAAACUCUGCAAUCCUCUUUCUGGGCAGUGUGAGUGCAAACAAGAAGUCCAAGGACUUCAGUGUGAUACCUGCAGAGAACACUUCUAUGGACUGGACACCACCGGUUGUAAGGCCUGUGACUGCAACCUACCUGGGUCCCGGUCUGGGACCGUCUGUGAUGCUCGGACAGGACAGUGCAUCUGUAAUCCCAAUGUUGGAGGGAGACGAUGCAGUGAAUGUUUGGACGGAUACUUCUACGUACAGCGAAACAGUUCUUUCCUCUGUCUGCCUUGUAACUGUGAUAGGACUGGGACAGUAAAUGGCUCUCUGCUGUGUGACAAAUCAACAGGACAGUGUCUCUGCAAAUUAGGAGUAACAGGGCUUCGCUGUAAUCAGUGUGAGCCUCACAGGUAUCAUCUGACCGUUGGCAAUUUUCAAGGCUGCCAGAUGUGUGAGUGUGACCCCUUGGGGACGUUACCUGGGACUGUUUGUGACCCAGUCAGUGGCCAGUGCCUAUGUUUACCGCAUCGUCAAGGAAGAAGGUGCAAUCAGUGUCAACCAGGUUUUUAUAUUUCUCCAGGCAAUGCCACUGGCUGCCUGCCAUGUUCAUGCCAUAAGACUGGUGCAGUUAAUCACAUCUGUAAUAGCUUGACUGGUCAGUGUGUUUGCCAAGAUGAUUCCAUUGCCGGACAAAGUUGUGACCAUUGUAAAGACCUUUACUUUGGAUUUGAUCCUCUAGCUGGAAGAUGUCAGCCUUGCAGUUGUCAUCUCUCAGGAGCCUUGAAUGAAACCUGUCAUUCAGUCACUGGCCAGUGUUUCUGUAAACGAUUUGUCACUGGCUUAAAGUGUGAUACUUGCGUUCCCAGAGCAAGCCAUUUGGAUAUCAACAAUCCAUUGGGCUGCAGCAAAACUCCAUCCCAGCAACCUCCACCCAGAGGAAAAGUUCAAAAUUCUUCUGCUAUCAGUCUUUCCUGGAGUCCACCUGAUUCUCCAAAUGCCCACUGGCUCACUUACAGUUUAUUCCGGGAUGGUUUUGAAAUCUACACAAUUGAAGAUCAAUACCCAUAUGAUAUUCAGUACUUCUUAGACACUGCGCUGUCGCCAUAUACCGCCUAUUCCUAUUACCUCGAGACCAGCAGCUUGCAUGGUUCAACACGGAGUGUAGCUGUCACCUAUAGGACAAAACCAGGGGCCCCAGAGGGAAGCCUGAACUUAAGUUAUAUCAGUCCUAUUAGCUCAGACUCUGUGACACUUACCUGGGCUGUACCUUCAAAUCGUUCUGGUCCUAUUGAGAAAUAUAUUUUGUCCUGUGCUCCUGUAGAUGGCAUCCAGCCCUGUGUUCCCUAUGAAGGUCCUGAAACCACCGCUACCAUCUGGAAUCUGGUUCCAUUCACCAAAUACCGUUUUGCUGUACAGGCGUGUACUAGUGGGGGCUGUUUACACAGCACCUCUCUGACAGUGAAGACGGCCCAGGCACCCCCCCGAAGGCUGGGUCCACCCGAGGUGCGGAAGAUCAGUUCCACAGAGCUUCAGGUAGAAUGGGCUCCACCGAUGGAACCAAAUGGCAUAAUUAUAAGAUAUGAACUAUACAUGAAAAGACUGAGAUCUAAUGGAGAAACCAGGUCAGCAGAAAGUCGAGUUUUUCAGAGCAGUGGCUGGCUCAGUCCUUACCCACUUGCAGAAUCAGCCAAUGAAAAUGCAUUAGAACCUCCUGAACCAACCACAAUCAUCACUGGCUUGGAGCCGUACACCAAGUACAAGUUUAGAGUCUUAGCUGUGAACAUGGCUGGGAGUGUGUCUUCUGCCUGGACCACAGGAAGAACGGGAGAAUCAGCGCCUGUAUUCAUGACCCCUCCUUCAGUCUCCCCCCUCUCACCAUACUCGCUCAAUGUGUCCUGGGAGAUGCCAGCAAAUAAUGUGACAAGAGGAAAAGUUGUGGGGUAUAACAUCAGUAUGGUUUCUGAACAAUCACCUCAACAAUCUAGCCCGGUGGUGUUUUCACAGGUGUUGUACACUGCUAAAUCUCAAGAACUGUCUUAUAUUGUAAAAGGACUACAACCUUAUAGGAUAUACAACUUUACUAUUUCUCUCUGCAAUUCAGUUGGUUGUAUAACCAGUGCUUCGGGAGGAGGACGGACUUUAGCAGCAGCACCAGCCCAACUGAGGCCACCUCUGGUUGAAGGAAUCAACAGUACAACCAUCCAUCUUAGGUGGCAGACACCUGAAGAACAGAAUGGACCCUCUCCUACAUAUCAGCUGGAAAGGAGACAGGCAGCUCUACCAGCUCCGAGGGCCACAAUGGUGAAAGGAACUCGUUUCAUAGGAAAUGGAUAUUAUAAAUUUCCCAGCUCCACUCACCCAGUCAAUACAGACUUUACUGGCAUUAAGGCCAGCUUUCGAACGAGGGUGCCUGAAGGUUUGAUUGUCUUUGCGGCAUCACCUGGCAAUCAGGAAGAGUAUUUCGCAAUUCAGUUGAAGAAUGGACGCCCUUAUUUUCUUUUUGAUCCUCAGGGGUCUGCGGUAGAAGUUACCACAACUAAUGAUGAUGGUAAACAAUAUAGUGAUGGCAAAUGGCAUGAGAUAAUCGCGAUUAGGCAUCAGGAUUUUGGCCAAAUCACACUUGAUGGACAAUAUACAGGCUCCUCGGCCACCCUGAAUGGUAGUACUGUUAUUGGAGAGAACACAGGAGUGUUUGUGGGAGGGCUGCCUCAGGGUUAUACCAUCCUCAGGAAGGAUUCUGACAUAAUCCGAAAGGGUUUUGUGGGCUGUCUCAAGGAUGUGUAUUUUAUGAAGAAUUAUAAUCCCUCUGCUGCUUGGGGGCGUCUGGUUUGGCAGAGUUCUGAAGAGCAAGUCAACGUGUAUAACAACUGGGAGGGAUGCCCCACUUCAUUACAAGAGGGAGCUCAGUUCCUAGGGACAGGGUUCCUGGAACUUUAUCCAUAUUUGUUUCAUGGUGGAGUGGACUUUGAAAUUUCCUUUAAGUUCAGAACUGACCAAUUGAAUGGAUUGCUUCUUUUCAUUUACAACAAAGAUGGACCUGAUUUUCUUGCUAUGGAACUGAAGAGUGGAAUAUUGAGCUUCCGGUUAAAUACUAGCCUUACCUUUACACAAGUGGAUCUCUGGCUGGGGCUGUCCUAUUGUGACGGAAAGUGGAAUAAAGUGAUCAUUAAAAAAAAAGGUCCCGUCCUAUCAACAAGCAUGAAUGAACUGAUGGAGCGCGUGUCAGAGUCCAGAGCUCAGCCACUGAUGGUGAAUUCCCCCGUCUAUGUGGGAGGAACCCCACAGGAGCUGCACGACUCUUAUAAACACCUGAAGCUGGAACAAGGUUUCGGUGGUUGCAUGAAAGAUGUGAAAUUUGCAGAGGGUGCUGUCGUUAACUUGGCAUCUGUGUCCAGCGGUGCUAUCAGAGUCAAUCUGGAUGGAUGCCUGUCAACUGACAGUGCAGUUAACUGCAGGGGAAAUGACUCCAUCCUGGUUUAUCGGGGAAAAGAGCAGAGCGUUUACGACAGUGGUCUCCAGCCUUUCACAGAAUACCUGUAUCGAGUAACAGCCUCCCACGAAGGAGGUUCAGUACCCAGUGACUGGAGUCGGGGCCGUACAACAGGAGCAGCUCCACAAAGUGUGCCAACUCCCUCAAGAGUCCGCAGCCUAAACGGCUCUAGCAUCGAGGUGACCUGGGAUGAACCUGUUGUGGUUAGAGGUGUAAUCGAGAAGUACAUUUUGAGAGCCUACAGUGAAGAUGCGCCCGGUCCGCCCCGCCUGCCCUCUGCCAGCUCUGAGCUUGUUGAUACCAGCACCUUCACAGGCAUAUUGACAGGCUUGCUACCCUUCAAAAACUAUGCAGUAACCCUAGCUGCUUGCACUUUGGCUGGCUGUACCGAGAGCUCGCAUGCGCUGAACAUCUCUACUCCGCAAGAAGCACCACAAGAGGUUCAGCCACCAGUAGCCAAAUCCCUUCCCAAUUCUUUGUUGCUCUCCUGGAAUCUACCCAAAAAGGCAAAUGGUAUUAUAACUCAGUACUCUUUAUAUAUGGAUGGGAUACUCAUCUAUUCAGGCAAUGGAGAGAACUACACAGUCACAGAUUUAGAGGCCUUUACGCCCCACCAGUUUCUACUCAGUGCUUGCACACAUGUGGGAUGUACAAACAGUUCCCUGGUCAUACUGUACACGGCACAGCUGCCACCAGACCAUGUGGACCCCCCAAUUCUGACCGUCCUGGAUUCUAGAACUAUAUCUGUACAGUGGAAACAACCAAGAAAAGUAAAUGGAAUUCUGGAGCGCUAUAUACUAUAUAUUUCAAAUCACACGCAUGAUUUUACAAUUUGGGAUGUCAUCUAUAAUAGUACAGAACUUUUUCAGGAUCAUGUGCUACAGUACCUUUUCCCUGGUAAUAAAUACUUCAUCAAGCUGGGAGCUUGCACUGGGGGUGGAUGCACAGUGAGUGAGGCCAGCCAGGCCCUGACUGAGGAGAGGGCCCCCGAAGGCGUGCCAGCCCCCAAAGUGCACCCGGAUUCACCUCACUCCUUUAACAUCUCCUGGACUGAGCCUGAAUAUCCAAAUGGUGUUAUCACCAGUUACAGACUAUAUCUUGAUGGUAUAUUAAUUCACAAUUCCUCAGAACUCAGCUGUCAUGCUUCUGGAUUCGCUCCUUGGAGCUUACAUUCCUUCAGAGUCCAAGCCUGCACAGCCAAAGGUUGUGCUCUGGGCCCGCUGGUGGAAAAUCGAACUCUAGAAGCUCCUCCUGAAGGAACAGUAAAUGUGUUUGUCAAAACAGAAGGAUCCCAAAAGGCCCAUGUGAGAUGGGAAGCACCUUUUCACCCUAAUGGACAAUUAACGUACUCAGUCCUUUUUACUGGCGCUUUCUAUGCUGACCAAGCAGACGACAACUACACUCUUCUGAAUGGCACACAAGUCAUGUACAGUGGUGAAGAGACCAGCCUUUCGGUGCUCAUCGAUGGGUUGAUUCCUUUUACUAACUAUACAGUACAAGUGAAUGUUUCAAAUAGCCAAGGCAGCUUGAUAAGUGAUCCCGUAAUGAUUUCCAUGCCGCCAGGGGCUCCAGAUGGCGUGCUGCCUCCGAGGCUUUCAUCUGCCACUCCAACCAGUCUUCAGGUUGUCUGGUCUACACCAGCUCGGAACAACGCCCCCGGCUCUCCCAGAUACCAACUCCAGAUGAGGCCCAGCAACUCCACCCACUGGUUUCUAGAGUUGUUUUCCAGUCCUUCUGCAUCGUUAAGCUAUGAAGUGAGAGAUCUCCAACCGUACACAGAGUAUGAAUUUCGGUUGGUGGUCUCCAAUGGAUUUGGCAGUGCACAUAGUUCUUGGAUUCUGUUCAUCACCGCAGAGGACAAACCUGGACCUAUAGACCCUCCGAUUCUUCGGGAUGUGAAGCCAAGAAUGAUGUUGGUUACCUGGCAGCAUCCUUUAAAGUGCAAUGGGAUCAUUACCCAUUAUAACAUUUACCAAUAUGGCCGUCUCUGCUUAACAACUUCCGGAAAUGUCACUAAUGGCACAGUGGCCCAUUUGCGCCCAUAUACAGCCUACACAUUUCAAGUAGAAGCUUGUACUUCAAAAGGGUGUUCCCUGUCACCAGAGUCCCAGACUGUAUGGACACUCCCAGAUGCACCAGAAGGUAUCCCGAGACCAGAGUUGUUCUCCGAUACCCCAACGUCCGUGAUUAUAUCUUGGCAACCCCCCACCCAUCCCAACGGCUUGGUGGAGAACUUCACAAUCGAGAGAAGAGUCGAAGGGAAGGAAGAAGCUACUGCCCUGGUGACUUUCCCGAGAGGUCAUCCCAUGAGGUUUAUCGACAAGACUUCUGCUCUUAGCCCAUGGACAAAAUAUGAGUAUCGGGUCCUGAUGAGCACUCUUGGAGGAGGUACAAACAGCAGCGCUUGGGCAGAAGUGACCACGAGACCCUCACGACCUGCUGGGGUGCAGCCCCCCGUGGUGGAUGUGCUAGGACACGACGCAGCCAAGGUCACUUGGAGAGCCCCACUCAUCCUGAAUGGAGACAUCCUUACCUACGAGAUCCGCAUGCCUGACCCUCACAUCACAAUCACCAACGUUACUUCCUCUGUGUUCAGUCACGUCGUUACUCAUCUGAUUCCUUUCACUAAUUAUUCUGUCACCAUUGUGGCUUGCUCAGGGGGUAAUGGACAUCUAGGUGGGUGCACAGAGAGUUUCCCUACCCAUGUUACCACGCAUCCCGCCCUGCCUCAGGAUCUUAGCCCGUUGUCUGUGGUUCCACUAAGUGAAUCGUAUGUUGGCAUUUCUUGGCAGCCACCAACCAGGCCAAACGGACCCAAUUUGAGAUAUGAGCUUCUGAGAUGUAAAAUCCAGCAACCACUUGCAUCAAAUCCCCCAGAAGAUUUAAAUCUGUGGCACAGUAUUUAUUCAGGAACUCAGUGGUUUUAUGAAGAUAAGGGUCUUAGCAGGUUUACAACGUAUGCGUAUAAGGUCUUUGUACACAACAGUGUGGGUUUUACACCAAGUCAAGAAGCAACUGUGACCACGUUAGCCGGGCUUCCGGAGAGAGGAGCUAACCUCACUGCGAUUGUUCUCAACCACACGGCCAUAGACAUGAGAUGGGCUAAACCAACUUUUCAAGACCUACAAGGUGAUGUUGAAUAUUACACACUUUUUUGGAGUUCUGCUACCGCCAAUGAAUCUCGAAAACUCCUCCCAGAUGUAAACUCUCAUGUCAUUGGCCACUUAAAUCCAAACACAGAGUAUCGGAUUUUUAUCUCUGUUUUCAACGGAGUUGCCAGCAUCAACAGUGAAGUGCUGCAUGCAACCACUUGCGACGGCGAGCCUCAGGGCAUGCUUCCUCCAGAGGUUGUCAUCAUCAACAGUACAGCUGUACGUGUCAUCUGGACAGCUCCUUCAAACCCAAAUGGUGUUGUCACUGAAUAUUCUGUCUAUGUAAAUAAUCAGCUCUACAAGACUGGAAUAAAUGUGCCUGGGUCUUUCAUUCUGAGAGACCUGUCUCCCUUAAUGAUCUAUGACAUUCAGGUUGAAGUCUGCACAAAAUAUGCCUGUGUGAAAAGCAAUGGAACCCAAAUCACCACCAUGGAAGAUAGUCCAAGUGAUAUACCAGCUCCCACAAUUCAUGGCAUCACUUCAAGAUCCCUUCAGAUUGAUUGGAUGCCUCCAGGGAAGCCAAAUGGCAUCAUUCUCGGAUAUGAUCUCUUACGGAAAACAUGGCGUUCAUGCCUUAAAAUCCAGAAGUCAGUGAAGGACCACAGUCAUGAACUCUGCAAAGCAGUGAAGUGUCAAAAACCUGAAACUAUCUGUGGACCCAGGUGCUACUCCCCUGAGACUAAGGUGUGUUGUAAUGGAGUUCUCUAUGACACCCAGCCUGGACACCACUGUUGUGAAGAGAAGUACAUCGCAUUUGUUUUGAACUCAACUGGAGUUUGUUGUGGUGGCCGAAUACAAGAGGGACAACCGAAUCAUCAGUGCUGCUCGGGGUAUUACGUUAGGAUUCUACCCGGUGAAGUAUGCUGUCCAGAUGAACAGCACAAUCGGGUUUCCACUGGUCUCGGCGACUCCUGCUGUGGCAGACUGCCAUACUCCACCUCCGGAAACCAGAUUUGCUGUGCUGGGAGGCUCCAUGAUGGUCAUGGCCAGCAGUGCUGUGGUGGACAGAUUGUGAGCAAAGAUUUCGAGUGCUGCGGGGGAGAGGAACAGGGUGUGGUGUACAGUCGCCUUCCAGGGAUGUUCUGUUGUGGGCAGGAUUAUAUGAAUAUGUCAGAUACCAUAUGCUGCUCAGCUUCCAGUGGAGAGUCUAAAGCACAUGUUAAAAAGAAUGACCCAGUGCCAGUAAAAUGCUGUGAGACUGAACUUAUUCCAAAGAGCCAGAACUGCUGUAAUGGAGUUGGAUAUAAUCCUUUGAAAUAUGUUUGCUCUGACAAGAUUUCAACUGGAAUGAUGAUGAAGGAAACCAAAGUCUGCAGGACCCUCUGCCCGGCGUCUAUGGAAGCCACAGCACACUGCGGCAGGUGUGACUUCAACUUUACCAGCCACGUUUGUACUGUGAUAAGAGGAUCUCACAAUUCCAUGGGGAAGGACUCAGUCGAAGAAAUGUGCUCAUCUGCUGAAGAGCCUGUUCAUAUGGGAAGUGUAAACACACUCUCCUUCACAGAUGUGAACCUGGAGCCCUACAUGACAUACGAGUAUAGGAUUUCUGCAUGGAAUAGCUAUGGGCGAGGAUUCAGCAAGGCUGUUAGGGCCACAACAAAAGAAGAUGUGCCUGAGGGAGUGAGCCCCCCCAGGUGGACCAAAAUGGAUCAUCUUGAUGAUAUAAUAGUCCUCAACUGGAAGAAGCCUAUACAAUCAAAUGGUCCUAUUAUUUACUACAUUCUUCUCCGAGAUGGAAUUGAACGUUUUCAAGGAACAUCGUUGAGCUUCUCUGAUACGAAAGGAAUUCAACCUUUUAUGGAAUAUUCAUACCAGCUGAAAGCUUGCACGGUUGCUGGCUGUGCCACCAGCAGCAAGGUCGUUGCAGCUACAACCCAAGGAGUUCCGCAAAGCAUCUCUCCACCGAGAAUCACGGCCCUCAGUGCGGAGACUCUGCAUGUGAGCUGGGACGUCCCUCCUAAGCCAAACGGCGUCAUUAAAGAGUACCAGCUCAGGCAGGUUGGGAAAGGUCUCAUCUACACUGACACCACUGACAGGAGGCAACAUACGGUCACAGGUCUCCAGCCAUACACCAACUACAGCUUCACACUUAGAGCUUGUACAUCUGCUGGAUGCACUUCAAGUGAGCCUUUUCUAGGUCAGACUCUGCAGGCAGCCCCUCAAGGAGUUUGGGUGACACCUCGACACAUUAUCAUCAAUUCUACAGCAGUGGAAUUAUAUUGGAGUCCGCCAGAAAAGCCCAAUGGCCUCAUUUCUCAAUAUCAAUUGAGUCGUAAUGGAAGCUUGAUUUUCCUGGGGGGCGGUGAGGAGCAGAACUUCACUGAUAAAAACCUGGAGCCCAACAGCAGGUACAUUUAUAAGCUGGAAGCCACUACUGGAGGUGGCAGCAGUCCCAGUAAUGAGUACAUUAUAGAGACACCUAUAUUAACACCAGAAGAAAUCCAGCCUCCAUAUAACAUCACAGUAAUUGGGCCUGAUUCCAUAUAUGUAGCUUGGACCCCACCAGGGAUCCUCACUCCCAAAAUACCUGUGGAGUACAGUGUCUUACUCAACGCUGGAAGUGUAGCACCUCUGAUCUUCUCUGCUGGUCAUCAUCAGUCCAUCCUUCUGGAAAAUUUGGCUCCAUCCACACAGUAUGAGACAAGGAUACAAGCAUGUCAAAAUGGAGGUUGUGGAGUUAGCAGUAGGAUAUUUGUCAAAACAGCUGAAGGAGCCCCCAUGGAUCUAAAUUCUCCUGUUCUUAAGGCACUGGGAUCAGCUUGCAUAGUGGUUAAAUGGAUGCCACCUAAAAAACCAAAUGGAGUCAUCAUCAACUACUUUAUUCACAGACGUCCUGCUGGCCUUGAAGAGGAAUCCCUUUUGUUUGUCUGGUCAGAAGGAGCCCUUGAAUUUAUUGACAAUGCAGAUACUUUGAGGCCUUUCACGCUAUAUGAAUAUCGGGUCAGAGCCCGUAACUCCAGGGGCACUGUGGAGAGUCUGUGGUCAUCAGCACGGACUCUAGAAGCCCCACCUCAAGAUUUGCCAGCGCCCUGGGCUCAAGUCACUGGUGCUUAUUCAGUUCUACUGAAUUGGACGAAGCCAGAGUCUCCCAAUGGCAUUAUCUCCCAGUACCGUGUGGUCUACCAAGAGAGAACCGAUGACCCAAUGUUGAACUUCUCUGUUGUGCACGCUCUCACCGUCAUGGGAACAAGCCAUCGAGCCCACCUGUUCGGGUUAGAACCCUUCACCACAUAUCACAUUGGUGUUGUGGCCACAAACCAGGCAGGAGAAGUUUCAAGCCCCUGGACUCUAGUUCGAACCCUAGAAUCUUCCCCCAGUGGACUGAGCUACUUUACAGUGGAGCAGAAGGAGAACGGCCGGGCGUUGCUACUGCAGUGGUCAGAGCCUGUAAGAACCAAUGGUGUGAUAAAGACGUACAAUGUCUUCAGUGAUGGAGUCCUGGAGUACGCUGGCCUGAAUCGUCAAUUUCUCUUCCGACGCCUGGACCCCUUCACGCUCUACACGCUGACGCUGGAGGCCUGCACCAGGGCGGGCUGUGCACACUCGGCACCCCAGCCUCUGUGGACAGAAGAAGCCGCACCCCAGUCUCAGCUGGCUCCCACCAUCCAGUCUGUGGGGUCCACCAGCGUCGAGCUGAGCUGGUCAGAGCCCGUUAACCCAAACGGAAAGAUAAUUCGCUAUGAAGUGAUUCGCAGAUGCUUCAAGGGAAAAGCUUGGGGGAAUCAGACAAUCCAGGAUGAUGAGAAAAUUGUUUUCACAGAAUAUAAUACUGAAAGGAAUACAUUUAUAUAUAAUGACACAGGUCUGCAGCCAUGGAUGCAGUAUGAAUAUAAAAUCCACACUUGGAAUUCAGCAGGCCAUACCUGCAGCUCUUGGAGUGCGGUAAGGACCAGGCAAGCACUUCCAGAAGGCCUCUCUCCACCUGAGAUAGCCCAGGUAUCUGUGAACCCCCCCAAACUGAUGAUUUCCUGGGUCCCGCCAGGACAGCCUAAUGGCAUUAUCCAGUCCUAUAGGCUUCAAAGGAACGACGUGCUCUAUCCUUUCAGCUUUGAUGCUACGACUUUCAAUUAUACUGAUGAAGCGCUGCUUCCUUUUUCCACGUACAGGUAUGUAGUCACAGCCUGCACCAGUGAGGGCUGUUCCACCAGCCCACCUACCAGCAUCACAACCCUUGAGGCUGCCCCUGCAGGGGUCAGCCCUCCAGCUCUUUGGACCAUCAGUGCCACUCAAAUCAAUGUAUCUUGGUCACCGCCAUCAAUUCAAAAUGGAGAGAUCACUCAGUAUUUCCUCAGACUGGACGGUAAGGAGUACCUGGCUGGGCAGAACCUGUCCCUGUUGGUUUCCCACCUGCAGCCUUCCACGCAGUAUAAUCUCUCCCUAGUGGCCUGCACCAAUGGAGGUUGCACAGCUAGUGUUGCAGAGUCCGCCUGGACAAUGGAGGCCCCGCCACAAAACAUGGACCCUCCAAAACUACAAGUCACGGGCUCCGAAUCCAUAGAAAUCACCUGGAAACCGCCAGGAACCCCAAAUGGCCAGAUCAGAAGCUAUGAACUUAGGAGGGAUGGAACCAUUGUCUACACCGGCCUGGAAACUCGCUAUCAUGACUUUACUCUCGCCCCAGGUGUGGAGUAUGGCUACACAGUGAUGGCCAACAACAGCCAAGGGGGUGUUCUGAGUCCACUUGUCAAAGAUCGAACCAGCCCCUCAGCCCCUUCAGGGAUGGAGCCUCCAAAAUUGCUGGCCAAGGGCCCUCAGGAGAUCUUAGUGAGCUGGGACCCUCCAGUAAGGACAAACGGUCAUAUCGUCAACUACACCCUCUUCAUCCGUGAGCUGUUUGAAAGAGAAACAAAAAUCGUACACAUAAACACCACUCAUAAUUCUUUUGGUACACGGUCAUUCAGAGUAAACCAGCUGAAGCCAUUUCACAGGUAUGAAGUUCGAAUUCAAGCCUGCACCAGGCUGGGAUGUGCAUCAGGUGACUGGACAUCCAUACAGACCCCUGAAGUUGCACCUCAGAAGCAACCGCCUCCACAUCUAGAGGUCCAGAUGGCUCCAGGGGGGUUCCAGCCCACGGUUUCCCUUCGGUGGACAGGACCACUCCAGCCAAAUGGACAAGUUUUAUAUUACGAAUUGUUCAGAAGACAAAUAGCAACUCAGCCUGGAAAAUCAAACCCAGUGCUAACCUAUAAUGGAAGCUCAAGCUCUUUUAUGGACGUGGAACUAUUGCCUUUCACAGAGUACGAAUACCAGGUCUGGGCCGUGAAUUCAGCAGGAAAAGCCUCCAGUAGCUGGACGCGGUGUAGAACUGGGCCCGCCCCCCCCGAAGGUCUCAGGGCCCCCGAGUUCCAUGCGGUCUCUGCCACCCAAGCAGUGGUCAACAUCAGCGCCCCCCGGAAGCCCAACGGGAUUGUCAGUCUCUACAGAUUGUUCUCCAACGAUACCAGCGGGGCCCAGAUGGUGCUGGCUGAAGGCCUGGCCACCCAGCAGACGCUUCAUGGCCUGAAGCCCUUCACGACCUACUCCAUUGGGGUGGAGGCCUGCACUUGCUUCAAUUGUUGCAGCCAAGGGCCAACAGCAGAGCUGAGAACUCCUUCUGCUCCGCCAUCAGGACUGUCCUCUCCCCAGAUCCAGACACUGGCCUCGAGGACAGCUUCCUUCCAGUGGAGUCCCCCGCUGUUCCCCAACGGCAUCAUUCAAAGGUAUGAGCUCCAACUCUACAUGGCUUGCCCUCCGGAUUCAGCCACCCCAUGUACUCCCAGCCAAACCGAGACAAAGUACACUGGGCCAGGACCGAGAGCCAGCCUCGAGGGUCUACAGCCCUACACCACCUACAAGCUGAGGGUGGUAGCCCACAAUGAUUUGGGCAGCACGGCCUCUGAAUGGAUCAGCUUCAUCACCCAAAAAGAAUUGCCCCAGUACCGUGCCCCUUUCUCGGUGGACAGCAAUCUAUCCGUGGUACGUGUGGACUGGAGUGGCUCCUUCCUGCUGAAUGGGCGGCUGAAGGAGUUCGUCUUGACCGAUAGAGGGCAGCGUGUGUACAGUGGCCUCGACACCACCCUCUACAUCCCAAAGACCGCAGACAGAACUUUCUUUUUCCAGGUCAUCUGCACUACAGAUGAAGGAAGUGUUAAGACACCUUUGAUUCAAUAUGAUACCAGCACUGGAUUUGGCCUGGUGCUGACAACUCCUGGAGAAAAGAAAGGAUCAGGGAACAAAAGCACAGAGUUCUACAGCGAGUUAUGGUUCAUAGUGUUAAUGGCAAUGCUGGGCUUGAUCUUGUUGGCCAUUUUUCUGUCCCUGAUACUACAGAGAAAAAUCCACAAAGAACCAUAUAUAAGAGAGAGGCCUCCUUUAGUGCCUCUUCCAAAGCGGAUGUCUCCAUUGAAUGUAUACCCACCGGGGGAAACCCAUACGGGCUUAGCUGAUACCAAAAUCCCCCGGUCUGGGACACCUGUGAGUAUUAGGAGCAACCGGAGCCUGUCUGUACUGCGCAUCCCAAGUCAGAGCCAAGUCAGCCAGACCUACUCCCAAGGCUCUCUCCACCGCAGUGUCAGUCAGCUCAUAGACAUUCAAGACAAGAAGGUCUUGAUUGAUGACUCGCUGUGGGAAACCAUCGUGGGCCAUGAUAGCGGACUGUAUGUGGAUGAAGAGGACCUGAUGAAUGCCAUCAAGGGUUUCAGCUCUGUGACUAAGGAACACACCACAUUCACCGACACCCACCUGUAA